UAUGGCGCGUUCGAUCCUUACCAAAUGGUUCUUCAAGAAGAAGAAGAAGAAGCACUUUGCUCGCCUCGUCUGCAUCUUUCGUGCGUCGUUAUCGUGUGGCCGGGCUCACGGUAUGCUGCCGCCGUACGGAAACGCAGCAGAAAACGUCGUUUACGAGAGGCUUCGUCUAUUUCAUCCCGCGCACGCACCGCGUUAUUGAAGAACGAUGGUCCAGCUCGACGGCUCGCUGGCCUUGUAAGCCGAAGGCACACUCCACGGGAACGCUAGCAAAAGCCCGCGCACCGUCGGCAUGUCCGCCAACGUCCCGGAGGGCGGCGUCGUGACCGCCCUGGUGGCCCUGUCGGACGUGGAGCAGCGCGAACCCCUGUACGCGCCCUUCUUCGGCAUCAUGGGCGCCGUGUCUGCCAUGGCUCUGUGCGCCCUGGGAGCCGCGUACGGCACGGCCAAGGCGGGCUCUGGCAUCGCCGCGAUGGCGGUGAUGAAGCCCCAGCUGAUCAUGAAGUCGCUGAUACCCGUGGUCAUGGCCGGCAUCAUCGCCAUCUACGGCCUGGUGGUGGCCGUGCUCGUGUCGAGCGGCCUGAGCGCCCACUACAAGCUGUACACCUCCUUCAUGCACAUGGGUGCCGGCCUGAGCGUCGGCGUCAGCGGCAUGGCGGCCGGAUUCGCCAUCGGCAACGUGGGCGAUGCCUGCGUUCGCGGCUGCGCCCAGCAGCCGCGCCUGUUCGUCGGCAUGGUGCUCAUACUCAUCUUCGCCGAGGUCCUCGGGCUGUACGGCCUCAUCGUGGCGCUCAUCAUGUUCUCGCGGUGAAACAAUAAAACGAGACUUAACGAGACUCGCACGGGGAAGAUGAGCAAGACGGGACGCACAAAUUCGCGCCUUAUAGUAUACCACUGAAAUUUUAUUGCAGGCAUAGGCGCCGACUACGCGGAAGGGGGAGCCCGAGCCCCCUCUGAACUUUUCCGGAGGAGCCGACCACACCCACUCCCCUCCACCUAAAGUGUCACUACCAGAGUUGUGGGUACAUCACUUGAGGUUUCUUUUGAGGUGUCUCUCCCUUUUUCACUUAAAAUUUGUGACUAAAAGCUAACUGCAUCAUUAUCGGCGCGGACGUGCACUGCUUCUAACUCGUACUUUGCUUUAUUUCUGCACACCCUGGCAAUAGGAGCGCAAGCGUAUUAGAAGCCCCCCACCAGUGGCGGCUACCUCAUCCGUAUUUUGUCACUUCAACUUUUUUUAUUUCCACUGUAAGCACCAUGCACAGACACAAUUAUUUCUAAUGGUAUAAAUAGCCUAUGCCUAGAGACUGAAUAUGUUGCUCUAUGUUCACCUCGCUUCAAAUUGCUUUGUGUGCUUUCUUGACCUCAAAAAAAAAAAAAAAAAAACUGCAGACUUCAGUGACCCCUUAGGCAGAGUCUUUUUAUCAACGGCGUGGGAAAUGCACGUGAAUGAUAUGUGCCUCAGUAUUGCUUACCUUUCCAGUAAGCAAUGCUAACGACUCAUUAAGAAAACAUUUUAAUAAUUUACAACAUUUAUUAGGGAUCGAAACAUCGUCACUUGCAUGCAGAGGUCAUAAAUAUACAUAAUUCACUCAGUAACCGAAAUGAGACCAAGCCGGAUUGAUUCGAAAUCAAAAUUUAUAGCAGUUAUACGCAGAGUCGAACUCACAUUAAAAAACAAAAGAGGCUGCAGUUUUGCCGGAAAGGCGAAGCAGUAUUAGUGAUAGCGAAGUAUAAGACAAUUAGACGAAGGAAGAUUACACCACCGAGAGGUGCCAGACUCUUGGCGGUGCGAGGAGGCUCAGGUUGGAAAAUUGAACUGUCUCCUACACAUGAGGUCUUAUAAGUAUUCAUAUACGGCCGUCAUUUCAGUGAACAAUUCUUCCAGUCACACGAAGUGUCUUCAAGUGAAAUCCAUAGAGUUUCGAAACCUAACAUGCACGUGGUCGCUAUGUCUCUUGCUUGUAGUUACGGCAGUUUAGGUUACGAAACCGAAAUAACAAAUUUUGUCGUUUAUAGUGAACAAGCUCCGCUGCGCAUUCAAUAGUACUCGCUACCGAUUUCCUGCUCGAAUAGAAGCUGAAACAAAGCA